AUAUUUAGGUCAAGUUGUAAAUAGAACGGCGUGGCGUUGCAUAAAGUUUAUUUCCUGACUUUCGUGUCAGCAUAUUGUUUAAGUUUUGUGAUUCCUUGGUCGCGUGUCUCAUUACGAUCAUGUCGAAUUCGGUGAUUACAGACAGUUUUAAGCACACAAAGAGAGUAGGGAGGCAAGUAAAGAAAGAAGAAACGGCAACAGUUGGGUCAAGCAGAGGUAACAAGACACAGCAAGCGAUAGACCUUGAACUCCUUCGACAAUUUGACCUUACAUUGGAGUUUGGACCUUGCAGUGGAAUAACAAGGAUGGAGAGGUGGGCCCGAGCUGAGAAACAUGGACUGAAUCCUCCACAAGGAGUAAAAGAUUUGUUGGAACAAAACUCGCAUGAUGAAGAAUACACACAGUGUUUGUGGAAAGAUUACAGCAUCUGAGCCAGACCCUUCCUAUGAAACAGUUAAAUCAUGAUGACAGCAUUUUGACAUCGACCAUAUUGUUCACUGGGUACAAGAUAUGUCUUCAAACAUAAUGUCAUCAGCUAUUUUGUUCAAAUGGUAGCAUGUUUUAUCAUGAAAUAUAUUGUUGGUUUUUUUUCAUGUUUUAUCAUCCAUUUUCGUGCCACCGUUGCAGUAACAGCUAACUUACAUGUCUAUGUAUUCAAGUAGGAAGAUUUUGUCACAAUAUUCCGUCAUUUCAGUAUGUUCUAUUGUUGUCAUAGUCAAAGCUUUAUGAAAGCAUGCAUGUUUGUCUCAGCUGACAUGUCAGAAAGAAUGAGUGCAUGAUUUUUUUUUAAAUCAUAUUAUGCAUUUAUUGUCCUGAUUGUCGUUAUGGUAUCAGAAACAGUUAGGAUAAUUUCAUAAAGUGUGUGAAGCCUAUUUCUGGUUUCCCCUACCAUGAUAUUGCUGGAAUAUUGCUAAAAGCGGCGUAAAACGAACUUCACUCACUCACUCACUCACCAUAUAGCUGGAAUAUUGCUGAGGGUAACGAUGAACAACAAACAAGCACUCAACAUGGAUGUUUUCUUAACUGUAAACAUGUCCACAAGCACCAAGAGAAUAUCCAGGCUAUUGUGUUUUUUUCAUAACAAUUGGUCCUGUUCAGGAUGAAAUGUAGAUGUAGCCAUUUAGAUGGACUGCAUCUGAACAUAUCUGUCUUAUGCCAAAGCACAGAGACUCUCCCAUGUCUCGCAAGUGCAGUGACAAAAUAAUCAGACUUCUGUAUUAGUUCCACAAUGUUUUAAGUCUUCAACCUAACUGAUGGAAGAUAUGAAUUUUUCCCAUCCUGCAUUAGAUGCUAUCUGAUUUAUGACGUAGGCGUCGGGUAGCCUAGUGGUUAAAGUGUUCACUCGUCAUGCUGAUGACACAGGUUUGAUUCCCCACAUGGGCACAAGGUGUUAAGCAUAUUUCUGAUGUCCCUUGCCGUGAUAUUGCUGGAAUAUUGCUAAAAGCGGCGUAAAACCAUACUCACUCACUGAUUUAUGACAUGUGAUCAAGUUUGUCGGUGAGAGGACAUAGGAUUUUUUCUACACUCAGCAAUAUGUGUUCUCCAGGGACUAGGUUUCCAUGUACAUCUUAAGGCAAACUUCUGCUUCCCAGUCAGCCUUAAUAUGGAGCCCCUGGCCCCAACCCUUUUUUGAGUUCGUUUUAGUUGUGCCAUGUGAUCACAGAUUGGAUUUCUUUGUGUAUGCCAGUGAGAAAGCUGAUUUACAUAUAUCAACAAAGAAAUAGAAUUUUGACGAGAAUAUAUUUAAAACUGUCCAGGGACUGAAGCUGUGGGUAUAAUUGAUGGUCACAUUAUUUGUCAGAUGGUUAGCUAUUCUGUUAUUAAUUUGUUUUAUGAAAAGGAAUUAUUUGUUUUGUACUUCUGAGUUUUAGUUUAUUGUUUUAUUUGAAAUUGUGAUAUUUCUUAAGUUUUGUGCCAUUUUGUUAUGUUAGUGUUAUAGAAAUUAAUAGUGUUUCAGUACAGGUGUAUGCAUAGAUAUUGAGAUAUACAAUGUAGAAAGUGUCUUGCUGUUUUCUGUUGAAAGAUUGUUGUAUACCUUUGUGUGUCAGCAUGAUAUGCCGGUACCUGUAUAUCAUAUCUCGAUUUUCUAUAUCAUAGAAAAGAUGGAGCAAUAAACUUGAAUAUGUGA